AUGGAUGGAAAGACAAUAUCGCAAUUUAUUAACAUCGGGCUCUGGGGUUUCGGACCACAAGAUCGCGCGGCUUGUAUGGUGCUCAACCGGGACUUUGAAUAUCGUCUCCAUAAGGAGUUCGAUAGGACUAAAUGGUUAUACGCGCAUACCUACUACACAGAAGAUGAGUUCUGGAAUAUUUAUGACAAGAACGCAUAUGACACAUUGAGGAAGAAGUACCGUGCUAGCACGUUACCCUCCGUGUAUGAAAAGGUCAAAGUUGACCUUGAGGAAACCUCAAGGAAAGAAAGAGAGAAGUGA